AUGUCUCGAUUCUGGAGAUCCGCCAGAAAUCAAAAGGCCGGCUCGGCCGGCGUCCUGGAGGCGAUCGCUCAGUUCCGAGGAGCGGCGGAGGAUGGCCGGCCGGCUGCGCGGGUGAAGAUCGUAGUGAGGAAGGAGGAUCUAAAGCAUGUGCUGGGGGCUAUCAGGGACGGGCGCAGCGCGGCUAAAGGGGGGCCGCCGCCGGCAUUCGAGGAGCGGCUCAUCAAUUUGAUGCGGCGGCGGCAGCAGAUUCUGAGGACGUCGGGCCAAGCCAAGUGCCGAGGGCGGUUGGGCGCGUGGAAGCCUGUACUCCACAGCAUUCCAGAAGAAAUGUAG